CGGCAACUUUGUGAAGUCCCUUUCGGAUAUGCCGUCUAUCAAGCAUUUCCAAUUGAGAAGCGGAUGGCUGUAGGCCUUGAGCAAAGGCCUCUUCCGAUACCUCAUGUUUCGAUCGGAUCUUGAAAAGCACUCUCCGAUGCCUCCACUACCGCCGAAAGCAAAUACUCCUGUUCAUGCACAAGGCAAGGAUUCUUGGUCAUUUCUAAGUCGUGAGGCCGAUGGCAAAACAUCCCAUUGUUUCUCAGACCGGUCGCCUUUAGGGCUCCAUAUCAUGCAAACUGACACCCAUUUCAACCUGGGGCCCCGAGCAUUGUCUUAUCCGGGCGUUGUUAUCAUCUUGAAGUGAUCCUUUUCCGCACCAAGGAUGAAAAAUCACCUACAGAAGCACUCGUAUGCGUGGCUUCGGAUCGACUCAGCUGCAAAACUUUACUCGCCUGCAGGGGCUUCCGCUGUUCGCUGAUACGGGAUUGACUCAUCUCGCUGGCAUGAGCCCUAAGAGGCUGUCUUUCCGCAACGUUAUGACCUCAUAUCGGGAUGAGUUAUGCUGACAUGCUACCAGAUGGGAUAACGUUCAUCGCAAAGGGAGUAGAGCCUUUCAAUGUCGAGGGUAGGGGAUCUCUCGUAGAGCUCUGGUGCGUGACCUUAUUGUGCAGAAGUCUGAUGGACGGUUUCCUGCAUUGAGAGGCUCGACUGCCCUCUUACAGCUGAGGAAAUCCUCAGUGCCCGAUGAAGACAAACUAGGGUCACAUACGGGUCAGGC